GUAUCAAUCUUUCAGAAGCUGAAGCAAUAAUUACUCAUAGAAUCACGCAUUUGUCUCAAGUUCCCUACUGCCACUCUGUGAGCAUCUCUAUCCUUCGUCUCAGGAAGAUCAGGACCCAUCCAUGUCCGUCCCCUACUAUCUCAAGACAAAAGAUCUUUCUCUUUAUUUUAUCCUUGAUUCUUAAGCGAGGUCGGCUGUCUCAAAUUCCCCAUUCCGUUCACUGCCAGUUUCUGAUUGCCGUAUGUCAGUGGAUGAAUGGUUGAGAUAGCAUACGAUGGUGACGUGUCCCAUGAAGAUGGAAGAUUAUGCACAGGUGAACAGCGAUACGCUAAAUUAAUGGUGUGCUGAAAUGCCGAUGAUCGAGAUAAUGCAGUAAUGUGAGGUUACGAUGGAUUGGGUAUUUAAUGCAAGAGAGCUGAAAGAUACCUACCUACCUCUAGGCUUUUAGGUUGGUAUGUAGGUAGACAGGGAAUUAUUAAUAACUAAGCCAAGAUCCCAUGUGAAAACUGUCCUCCCUCAAGGAAUUGUGGAAAUAUGUAUUGCUGAUUAUUGAGAUCGUUCUAGAAAAAUAUUGACAUGGCCGUUAGUGAUGAUGGACACUCUAUCCCCCCUGCAGGUCUGAACGCUUCUGUUGGUCCCCCCCCCUUUAGCGGGAUCUUCGGCGUCGUCACCUCCCGCUGGGCCCUUGUGGCUUCAGCCACGUUUCCCGCUGUAGCCUCAGGGCGAUCACGGCAACCUCCAGCUUCAACAUCGUGACAUUUUCGGCCUCGAAACUUGCUGAGCCGGACUCCAGGACUGUCGCUUUAGAUUCCGAUAUAUAGAACAUGGGCGCCACCAUGUCCGUUAUCAAGACGCUCAUUGUUCCCGCCGUCAUCUCCUUGAUACUCUUCAUCCUCCUCACUUACGUCCUCAUUCCCCUCUGGCGCCGAUAUGCCCGCUACAGCCAGUACCUACCUCUCGACACACUCUCUUCUCAAACAUCGUCUCUGCGACAGCGCAUAACGUCCCGGAUGGCCACUUGGCGCUCUAAUCGCGGCGUCGCAUUCGCAUCCGAGGACGUCUCCGAUGAUGGGCUGGAAGACGAUGAUGGAGAGGAACUUGGGAACGUCGACGAGGAUACGUGGCGCCAGAUGGAGGCUGAUACUCGUGCUGCUCGGCCAGACAACACCAGGCGAUUAAGUAGAGAGUAAGUGUUGCUGUUUAGCAACCUAGAACCUUUAUUACACAUCCCCAUCUACAACAGUGACUGACAUCAUGUUUGCAGUCUUGAAGAGGGUUUCAGGGACGAUAGCGACGAUGAGCCAGACCGUCUUGCAAGGAAUAAUUUUAGGUCAUAAUAUUACAAUUCAAUACCUUUCUUGCAUCUUUCGGAUUCAUAAAAUACUUUGCAUAUAUGGAUGGAUAUUCAGCAGAACACAUCUCUGAAGCGACAGAAGAAAUAGUCAAUUAUAUUUAAAGUUUUGAAAUGCUUAAAUUAAUUUAGGAGAAAGUAUAUGUAUUUCAGCACACCUUCAAGUUAGUAGUUGUAUUAAUAUCAUUUCUCGAGUUAAUCUAAGUAUUUUAGUAAUACUGAACAACUCCC